AUGCGUACGCUCAUUCGCUCGCUCGCUCGCCGGCCAAUCACUGUCUACGUCGCCGGCUGGGUGCCCGGAAGGGGCGGGGCUUGUUGUUACACAUGCGCAGUUUCGGUCGGGCCUUCUUCCUUCUCGCCUAACGCCGCCAAGAUGGUGUUCAGGCGCUACGUGGAGGUUGGCCGGGUGGCCUACAUCUCUUUCGGACCCCAUGCCGGGAAACUGGUCGCGAUCGUAGACGUUAUUGAUCAGAACAGGGCUCUGGUUGAUGGACCAUGCACUCAAGUAAGGAGGCAAGCCAUGCCUUUCAAAUGCAUGCAGCUCACCGACUUUGUCCUCAAGUUCCCACACAGUGCCCGCCAGAAAUACGUUCGACAAGCCUGGCAGAAAGCCGAUAUCAAUACAAAAUGGGCAGCCACAAGAUGGGCCAAGAAGAUUGAAGCCAGAGAAAAGAAAGCCAAGAUGACAGAUUUUGAUCGCUUUAAAGUCAUGAAAGCAAAGAAAAUGAGGAACAGAUUAAUAAAGCAUGAAGUUAAGAAGCUUCAGAGGGCAGCUCUCCUGAAAGCUUCUCCUAAAAAAGCAGCUGCUGUGAAGGGUGCUGCUGCAGCUGCUGCCAGGGCUGGGAAGGUGUCGCCCAAGAAGGUGACUGCUGCAGGCAAGAAGGAGAAGGCCCCCGCCCAGAAGGAGAAGGCUGCCGGCCAGAAAGAGAAAGCCCCGGCCCAGAAGGAGAAGGCUGCCGGCCAGAAGGCUGGACCUCCAAAAGCUCAGAAGGGUCCGAAAGCCCCAGCCCAGAAAACUGCUCCAAAGGCAUCGGGCAAGAAAGCCUAA